AUGGAUCGCGCCGAGCUCACCACCGAGCAGGUUCUCAAGCGAGAUAUUCCAUGGGAGCAUUACAUGUCAACUAAGCUUAUCUCCGGAACGUGCCUUCAGCUUUUAAGGCGAUAUGACCACAAACCAGAGAGUCAGCGAGCUCCUUUGCUUGAGGAGGAUGGGCCAGCGUAUGUCCGAGUUUUCCUGAAUAUCCUGCGGAGCAUCUCCAAGGAAGAGACUGUGGAAUACGUGCUUGCCCUCAUUGAUGAAAUGCUUGCAAGUUGUUGUGGAAAGGCAACUGGUUUGUACAAGAAAAAAGUUAUCUUACUUUACUUUGACUAUAGUGCACGACCAAAGCUUCAGAAUGGCACGCUUCCAAAUGGAGAUGCUUCAAAUUCAAAGAGCAAACUUACUUCAGCACAUGAUCUGAGGAAUCCUACACACCCGAGCUGCUCUAUUCCUACUUCUAUCCAUUGCCUCUCCACUUUGCUGAGAGAACCAUAUGUUAGGACAUUAUUUGUUCAAGCUGAUGGCAUCAAGCUGCUCAUUCCUUUGAUAUCCCCAGCUUCCACACAACAGUCAAUUCAGCUCCUUUAUGAAACUUGCCUCUGCAUCUGGCUUUUAUCCUUUUAUGAUGCUGCAGUUGAUUAUUUGUCCACCACAAGGGUUAUGCCAAGACUUGUAGAGGUUGUCAAGGGCUCUACUAAAGAGAAGGUGGUCAGAGUUGUUGUGUUGUCCUUCCGUAAUUUGCUGGCAAAGGGUACAUUUGCUGCCCAGAUGAUCGAUCUUGGAUUGCCACAAAUAGUACAAAACUUGAAAGCUCAAGCAUGGACUGAUGAGGAUCUGUUAGAGGCUCUGAAUCAAUUAGAGGUGGGACUCAAAGAAAACCUCAAGAAGUUGAGUUCCUUUGAUAAGUACAAACAGCAAGUUCUUCUUGGUCAUCUUGACUGGUCUCCAAUGCACAAAGAUCCAAGUUUCUGGCGUGAGAACAUUAACAAUUUUGAAGAAAAUGAUUUCCAGAUUCUACGAGUUCUCAUGACAAUCAUUGACACAUCAAGUGACACAACCGCUCUUGCCGUGGCCUGCUACGACCUCUCACAGUUCCUCCAGUACCAUCCAUCUGGCCGAAUCGUGGUGGCAGACCUCAAGGCCAAGGACCGAGUCAUGAAGCUCAUGAAUCAUGAGAACACUGAAGUGAGGAAAAAUGCGCUGCUCUGUGUGCAGAGGCUCUUCCUUGGCGCAAAGUAUGCCAGUUUCCUGCAGGCUUGA